AUGGCGGCGGGAGCGUCCAACAGCGUAUUGCCUGGCUCGGCAUCAAACAUGGGCGGCCUGGGUGCCACUGGCGCCACGAGACCGGCAAGCAUCGCACCCACCGUCAGCGGAGCCCUGUUGGAUCACAGCCACCUCAAGCCAGGCCAGCAGGCUGCCCUGCUAAGUCACAACAAGACCCUCGAGCUGUACCGACAGAAUGCGAAAAAGACCAACGAUCCCAACCUCAUCUAUGAAUUUGCCGUCUUCAUGAUCGAUGCCAGCAAGGGCAUGGGCGGCGACGAUUCGAGUGGCGGCUCUGGACCAGCUGCGGGCGGUGGUGGUGGAAGCGGCUCGGGCCACCAGAACAAGGAAGAGACGGCAAAGGACGAGCUGGUGCGAGAGGCGAUUGGCCUGCUCAAGAAGAUCGCCGAGCGCGGCCACCCGGACGCACAGUACUUCCUCGCCGACUGCUAUGCCAAUGGCAUUGGCACGCCCAAGGGCAAGCAGGACUUCGACCGUGCCUACCCCCUCUUCGUCCUUGCUGCCAAGCACGGCCAUCCUGACGCAGCCUACCGAGCAGCUACCUGCUACGAAAAGGGCUGGGGAUGCCGCAAGGACAGCAGCAAGGCCUUGCAGUUCUACCGAAAGGCCUCCAGCCAGUCGCACCCGGGCGCCCAGUACCGCCUGGCGACGGCCGAGCUCAACGGCGAGCUGGGUCUGAAAAAGAGUGCGAGGGAGGGCGUCAAGUGGCUCAAGCGAUCGGCAGAGGCUGCUACGCCCGAGUUCCCACACGCGCUGCACGAGUUGGCACUGCUGCACGAACGGGGCAUCGAGAAUGUCCUCUUUGUCGAUCAGGAGUACGCCUGUGAGCUGCUCGCCCAGGCUGGCGAGAUGGGCUACGCCCCGAGCGCAUACAAGCUCGGCGUCAACUACGAGUAUGGAAGGAUGGGCUGCCCACAGGAUGGGGGUCUCAGCAUUCACAUGUACAACAUUGCCGCUCAGCAGAAUCACAAGGAGGCUUGCUUCGCCUUGACAGCAUGGUACCUCGUCGGCGCGCCCGGCAUCUUGCCCCAGAGCGACACCGAGGCCUACCUUUGGGCCAAGAAGGCCGCCGAACAGGGUCUCGCAAAGGCAGAGUAUGCUGUCGGCUACUUCAAGGAGAUGGGCAUCGGCACAGUCAAAGAUCUCAACGAGGCCAGAGCCUGGUACCGAGCGGCCGCAGAGCACGGUGACAAGCGCGCGAACCAGCGUCUUGCCGCCAUUGGCUCCGGUCAGGCACCCGGCUCCGGCCCGACAAACUAUCAAGCACAAGGCGCCCCUACGAGCUACGAGGCGGUGCCCACCGACAACCAGAAGGCUCCCGAGAGUGUCCAGUCGCACAACAGCAACCAGGCAUUCCAGAACGGCUACCAAACGCCCCAAAACAACUUCCAAGCGCCCCAGAACAACUUCCAAGCGCCCCAGCACAACUUCCAAGCGCCUCAGAACAACUUCCAGGCGCCCCAGAACCAUUAUCAAGCGCCCCCGAAUAACAACUACCAGCCACAUUCCAGCCCGUACCAGUCACCUAAUCAAUACCAAGGGCCACCCGCAAAUUAUCCGCGCCAACAACAGCCACCACCACCGCUACAGCAACAACAAAGACAACCGUCUGGAAGCUACCAGCAGUUCUUGCCCCACGGUCAUUUCCAGCAACAAGCGCCUCUUCCAUACAAGGCCGCUCCGGCCCCGACGAACUACCAGCGAUGA